AUGACAAAUACAAUUAGAAAAAAAAUAGCUGUUGGCAAAUAUUUGCGUUUAUCACCAAUAAAAGUACGUAGAAUAUUAGACCAGAUUAGAGGAAAAUAUUAUCCAGAAGCAAUAAUAAUACUAGAAUUUAUGCCAUAUAAACCAUGUGGUGUAAUAAAGAAAAUUCUUGAGUCAGCUGUUAACAAUAUUGAAAUUGAUGAUAAUAAAAAUAGAAAUCAAAUCAAAAUAAUAGAAGCUUUUGCUAAUGAAGGACCAAAUUUAAAAAGAUUUCAACCUAGAGCGCAAGGAAGAGCUUUUCCUAUACACAAACCAACUUGCCAUAUAACAAUAAAAUUACAAUACUCAUAG